GGUGUGCAUUUUGUGAAUCCUUCCCACACCCAAUUAGCAAAUGAGGUUCAGCUUUCCUGCUGUUAUUUUAUCUUGUGAGGUACAGACCAGGAAUCUCCUCUUUAUUUGUCUUAAAGUUUUUAACAUGGAGUUGAAAAGAUUUUUAUGUUUGUUGUAUGCUGUUAUAACCCUGAACAUUGUAAGUGGGCUGAAGUUUGAAGAGAAUCUUCUUGAAGAUUUUGAAAAUGGUGAUCUUAGCAAAGCCAUUUUGGAGAUGCUUCACAUCAAUAAGCUGUCGGUCCCUCAGCAAGCGAAGCCACAUCCGUAUAUGAAGCAAAUUUACCAUUUACUGAGCACACAGGAGUCAAGGCAGAGAAGCAAUUCAGAUGGGACUUUGGUGCAGAGCUUCCGUAGUAUACAAGGCACAAAAUAUAGCAAACCUGGUUGGAUCUGGUUCAACUUGUCAUACUUACAGCCCUCUAUGACUGUUGCUGAGCUGAUCUUACUGAGAAAAACCCUACACCCUGAACCGCUCACAGUAACAGUGGCUGUACACAGCCUGUCUUUUGGAGCAGGGAACCUGAGCAUAAGUGGCCCCCUCACUGAGCACCUGCUCACCCUGGACCAGCUUCCCCCGUCAGGCUAUGAUGUGUUCAAUGUGACAGCAUCUCUACCUAAUCAUGUCCAUGGACCACACAUCCUGGGCUUCCAGCUGCGCUUCAGGGAUGAAAGUGGCAGCCUGGUGCUCCAUGAGGCCCUAACGCAGAGCUUGUACUGCUUAAACACAAGCUCUCUAAGUCAGCCUCUGCUGGUGACAUACAAGGUGAAACCAACAGAGCGGCAGAUCUCUGAGCGCAGGCAGAGGCAGUACUGCAGAGAAAGCACUCAUCAGAUAAAUCAGCAUUCACAGUUGAGACAGCAGAGAAGCACAAAUGACACAGCAUGCAAGCUUUAUGAACUUCUCGUUGACAUACAUAAGUCUGAGCUGGGUCAAUGGAUACUGCAGCCAACAGCAUUUAACAUCAGCUUCUGCAGGGGUUUGUGCAUAAAGGAACAGGCUAAUCUUUCUCUGGCUGAUCAGAAACCAAAGGAUAAGCACUUGGAAAAUGACAAAAGUCCACACUGCACCUCACAGGAGACGUCCCCCCUCACAGUGAUGUAUCGGAGCGCCACAAAUGACAUCAUCAUAAAGCAGUUAAGAGAUAUCAGGGCACAGAGAUGUGUUUGCUCAGGCAAAAUUAAAUCAAGUACAAAUGAGUGAAAUAACACAUUGAUAUCUACUCAAAUAUAAAGUAGUGUGUUGGCACAGAGGGUGUGGAUUAUAAUUCCAUUACCCAACACAGCCAUAAAAGUUUAGCACUGCAAAAAUAUAACCCAUAAACUAUUUAAGUAAGAAUUAUAAGUUACCUGAAGAAGAUUAACUUAUUAAUAAGAGUUGCUUGAGGUACUUGGAUAAUAUAGUGGUUCCUAUGACCAUGAAUAUGAUCACCCAAUGCGUGGUGUAUGUUUAUGUUUCAUGCUCUGGCCAACUUGAUUAACCUCAAUCAAGUAAUUAUCAUCUCGUUCAAGAAUUAGUCAAAUGUGCAAUGCAUCUGGUUACAAUAACUAGAGGCUGAGGUCCAUCAAGCCCAUGAAAAUGGUUCAAACUUAGGGCCUCUAUAAAAUGUGCAUAAGCACUGCAUAAAUAUCUCAUAAAGCAAUGCUGGAGGCAUGUCAGUACUCAUUGGAUAACAUUAAAGGAAUUGUGAGACCUGGAAGAGAGUAAAGAGAACCACCCUUAAUUAUCAUUCAGCACAUUCAUGGCACUUGGAGUUGUAAGGAGGAAUGCAAUGUGUAUACAAAUAUGUAGUAGAAUCCAAUACAACGAUGUACAAAGAUACAAUCUGCUUCUUAACAGUGUUUUACACCUGAUUAACACCAAAUUUUGAGAGUAUUAAAAUCAAAGUCAAGUUGUAUUAGAAUGGCACAUAUUAGUUUUAAAUGAAAAUAAACCUAUAGCACUUCAGUUGAACAGCAUUCAAUUUCAUGCUCCUAUAAGACGUAGAUACAGUAAAUACACCUCACAAUAGUUAAGAUGACAAAUGUACACUUUACACUUUCAUGAAUGUGCUAUUAGUAAAGACAAAGCAAUAUAUAUAUAUAUAAAAGCUGUUAUGUCAUCUCAAAGGUUUUAAAGCUUACAUAAAUCCUCCAGUAGUGCUUCAUAAAAUAUUUAUGCAAUGCUUAUUAAUUCAUUUAAAAGGUAGCCUGCAUGAAUGUACAUUCAUACUUUGGACCACAAGAGGACAAGCACUUCUACAUUUUUUAAAGGCAUUUGUCCAUUUUCUAAUGUAUAACUAUGUACAGUUUAUUAUAAUAUUCAUUCUGCUUGUAUUUGGUUAUUCUGUGCAUUAUAAACCUAAGCACAGUUCAGUUUCAUUAUUUAUAAUGUUCUAAUUAUAUUAUGUUUAGGUGGUAAGCCAAUAAAAAAAGUGUCAGGAAUUAACAUCAAGUACUGAAUUAUAUAAGUACAUAUGCUGUAUCUAGCUACAGCAAAGUGGCAUUACUAUAAUAUGACUAUUGAUUAAAUAAUGAUUAAGUAUUUUUUUUUUCUAUUGGCACUUAUCAUAGACCAUGUCAAAAUAAACAUUGCUUUUGUACACCCUCCAGUAAUGAACAGAAAUGAGAGGAAAAAAGAUUAUUGUCCACUUAACUGUUUUGGGGUUUGUAACUAGCAGGUUAAAUCCAAUUUAGACUGCAAAAGAGCCUAAAAAUGCUGCAGAAACUAAAGUGUCCAGAACAUAAUCUGACACAAGACUAAACAAUGGUUAGGCAUUUCAGCAGUUCUUUUGCUUAAUAGUUUCGGCUGUAAUGUGUUAUCCUUUCAACAAUGCUUCCUCUCAGACUGUAAUAUUGUAACCCACAUUAACCUGACAUUGAAAAUGAUCAACACCUGAGAUGCUUUUAUAUGUUUAGUAAUAAAUGUACUUCAUGUAUUUCACCUGUUCACAUUCAUGUGCACAAUAUUUCUGAGGUAAAAAAAAAAACCCAACAAAACCCCAAAAAAAACAAAAACAAAAACAAAAAACCAUGUGGUAGCACGUUGCUAGCUCUAUAGCUAACAAAUGACGUUGUGAUGCAGUCUGUUAAAUAUUA